CAGCGAUCUUGUCUGCUGUUGUGAUUGGCCUUGAAUUGCCGUGGUGUGUACGCUUAAUAAGCGACUGACUGAUUCCUCUCCCAGCACAUACUGAUCUACACGCGACUCCAAGACUACGGUUCACCCUGCACAACAGGCAGCCAUGGAAAUACCUACCGUUCCCGCAAACCAACCCGUACUUCGCGAUACAGAUUCUUAACACAAGCUUCGCCACCGUCACAUAUCUUACUCGGGGCUAGGAAUUAGCAACGGAUUCGUAUCACGAAUAUAAUCCCCAGGCGAAUCAACUGAAGCUAGCGUUCUCUUGUUACUAACUCACCUUGUGUCUUCACAGCUUGUUUGUGUUGCUCACUUGCUCGCGCCUCCCUUACCCUUUUUCUACUCAAAACUGACACAAACCACCAACCAUUUAUUACCAUCACCGCCUCCACCACCACCAUGGCCUGCGAACCCAUCCAAGACCUCUACGGCGUCCCCCUAAAUCCCCGCUACGAAAUUCGCCGCCUCGGCCUGGAAAUUGAGCCCUGGGUCCGCGCCCUCGGCUCCUACAGCCUGCAAUUCAUGUCGCGCCGCGCCGUUCCCCCUCCGGACGCGCCGGGCUACUCGCUUAAGGGUAAGGCCCGCGGCUGCCUGCUUGAUUUCCGGGCUCGCACCGCGCCGUACGUGCAUUCUAUCCGGAGCGGCAUGUCGUAUGGUGUUUUUGAUCGGGAGUGGGUGCCCCGGGGGAAGCCCGAGAACGAAGCUCGUGAUGCCCAUGGUAAUGGUGGCGGGGCUGUAUAUUGGGGUGAGCUCGAUCCCGAGGAUCCGAGGCUCGAUGAGGAAGGUGGGGAGAGGGGCAGGAGGAUGUUGAUUGAGGCAAUGGAUUUCCCGCUUGUCAGUGUGGCGUAUGCGCAUGAUGCGCUGGAUCCGUAUCCGGAGGGGACGUUUGAGGGGUUUUUUCGUUUUAGUCCUGAAUCGAGGGAUUUCUUUGCUAUUUUUGCGGCGAGAGCGGCUAGGGCUGCUCGUGUUGGCGCUGCUGCUGCUGCUAGCGGAUCGUCGCCCUCAUCGUCGGCGGAUCCUUCCGCGGCAAAAGAAGAAGAAUCAAUGGCCUAUGACGCCUUGUCGGUCGACCGGUCGAUCGAAAAGAAAAGGGGCGAGAACUUGUCCCGCGGCGGAACCAUGACGAGGCCGCCGUACGAGGGAAGGGGGCUCAUGAAGGCGCUGGCGCACUUUUUGAUGAAGGAUGCGGCGGCCAAGGGAUGGAAGAGAAUCGAGAUGGGGAGCGCAAAUGAGAAGGUUACGACGGUGUGGACGAACCCGCCGGCGCCGUUUCGGUGUGAGGUCGUGGUGGAUUUUGAUCCGAGGAAGGAGGAAGUGGCGGACGAGGAGACGGGGGAGAAGAAGAGGCCGUUUGAGAGGGCGGCAUUGACGAGGUCGGUGUCUUUGAUUGUGCAUUUGCGGGAGCAGUAGGGAGGGGUGAGGAAUGAGGCGUAGGGGAUAUGAAGGAGCAGGAGAGAAUGGGGGAGUGAGAUUCGGGGAUUGGGACAAAGGAGUUGAACUUGAGAAAUCGAUGUUGCACGUCUCACGGAUUGAUAUGAACGGAAGGAGGUUGGGUAUCAAAUGGGAAGAUCAAAAUAUGUUGGGUUUUCGGUAACGCAAUGCCCUCCCUGUUAGGUCUGGAAUCAAGAGGGGCAUGUCGUGCGCGUCAUAUCCCGCUACAGAGCAUAGAUAUCAAUGUUGCAGCUGCCAGGGGCAAGUGGAUGACAAAAUCAGUAAACGACGCACCUGGGCCAAAUAACUACGUUAUGUCAGUUUAAGAAACUGAGACAUCAGGCUGAUCCGGUAUUGUUCCAUCUUUGCCUACGCCGUUUAUUUUGUGGCUUACUUGAGGGGCGGGCAACCUGUGCUUCUUCAUUAGGGAUAAGAGAUGACUAUCCAGAUUAGGCACCUUUUCAAGUUAUG